AUGAAGUACCAUCUGUCUUUCGUCGCUUUCAUGGCCAUCGGCUUUGCCGCAGCAGAAGGCAUUCGGGGCGAAGCUCGCAUUGAGAAGAAAAGAGCAGAGUCAGAUCUAUAUUCCGUUCCCGUCCCCGACUCAGUGCACAUAGAGUCCUACCCUGCGAUGCCACCGCCUGUAGAGCCUACCGACAUCAGCUCCGACGACUCGUGCUCCACGGCCCUCACCACAAUCACGACUACGCGUACCGUCUCAGUGAUCACGCAGAUCCCUUCCAGCCUCGCUAGCGUCACCGGUACCGUUGACCUAAGCUCCUCUAUGCCUUCUCAGUCAGCACCUUCGACGAGUGAGACCGGCCUCAUAGAACUCACUACUUGGCUUGCGCCCCAGCCAUCAACCGCUACGGCCACGGAUUUCGUGCCCGCCCCGAGCAGUGUCGCUUCUGAUGGUGAGGAGAGCAGUGCUGCGCCUCCGUAUGCUCCUGCUCCUAGUGCUAGUGAUACGACGACGGCGACUGUUAUUAUUGAACCGACUUCGUCCACGUCGAGUGCUUCGGGUCUGCCGGGGUUUACGGAUGCUGCUGGGACGGUCGGGGUGCCGGUGGUUGUUGUUGGAGUUCUUGGGUGGGUGGCUUUGGUGCUUUAG